AUCUUCUUCAUCCUUGUGCUGAAGCGAAGAGAGAGAGAUUGAGAGAGUCUGAAACCCAAAAGACCAAGAAAAUGGCAUGGAGAGGAAAGCUAUCUCAGAACUUAAAGGAGCUUAGGGUUUUGCUCUGCCAAUCUUCCCCUUCAAGCGCAACCACCAGAACAUUUGUGGAGAAGAAUUACAAGGAUCUCAAGAGUUUGAACCCCAAAUUGCCCAUAUUGAUUCGUGAAUGCAGAGGGAUUGAGCCUCAGUUAUGGGCUAGAUAUGACAUGGGUGUUGAGAGGGGCGUUCGUUUGGAAGGUUUGACAGAGCCACAGAUCUCGAAGGCACUCGAGGAACUUGUUAAAGUGGGGGAGUCUCUUAAAGCCUGAGAAUUGACUGUAUGAGAUGAAAUAAAUGUAUAUUCGUGGGAAAAUCUUUCCUAUGAUGGCCUGCCCUUUCUUUAGAUCAGGUGUGUGAUGUGUAAGAUGAUUCUUUUAGGGUCAUUACUCAGUAUCGCGUGUUUUGUAGUUUGAAUAAUGCAUGUAUUUCCAUCUUCCAUUGAGACAACAAAUUUUCCAGAAAGGGUGUUCUUUGCUGCCUAUGCACCUCCUUUCCAA